UCCGUGCGAUAGUAGUAGUCGCGCACCGGCCGAGUAACCGACGACGAUCCCCGCGGUCCCGUUCCACCCCAACAUCUUCCGUCCUCUGUCCCGCAACAAGUGUUCACCGACAUAAAACGCGUAUCUACAUGCAUUGGCGAUCCUGCAGUCGUCACGCAGGCCGAGUUGUUUCACCAUAUACAGAAUAAGAAAAAAUGAGGAUUUAUGCCGUUCACGGAUUUAAUUCGAUCGUCUGGCAAAAUACAUUUCCAUAUUCCACGUAACCCGAGAUCCUAGCGUGGAACUCAAUGCACUUUCAAUAGUGUGUCAGAUAUUAAUUAAUAUUCCAAAACACCGUGGGAAGAGCAAAACAAAUCUAACAAAAUGAUACCGACAAACGUCAUGUCAUUCAUCAACAAGAUCGUGCCCCCUGUGCCGGAAACAAACUCUGGGUCUGAAUCAUCAGUGCCAGAACAAGGUACUAGAUUCAGUAAAAUCCGGCAAACUCUGUCAUCAAGUUUAAUGACAGCACAAGAUAAAAUGACCACCAAGCUGAAUAGUGCUAGUAGUCGUCAAAGUCCUGCAGAGAGUAGCCCUACUUCUAGUCCUGCGUCUCCACCAGAAGAUAAUUCUAAUAAACAACCUACAACAGCAUCUAAACUAGAAAUGGCCAAACAACCGGCAUGCCGGUCUGGUGGUUGCCGAGUCUGUUUGAAAAGCUUUAAAGAAGGCGACUACUCUCGGGUGUGCUCCGGAUGCAAGUUCAAGGUGUGCGAGGAUUGCGCAACUUCGUACACGAAGAUCGGCGAAGAUGAGAACACUUGGUGCUGCAGUAUUUGCCGGCGUAAACAACAAAGUACGUCGAUAUUGCAACCGGUGUUGACACAAAAUUCGACUGACAGCCUGUUGGAUGUGCCCAUAGCAGACACGCUACAACGGCGGCAUUCAGACGUGAAAAUUGGACGCAAUUCCGGGAACGCCGGGUCUGGGAACGGAUCACUGGGCUCAGGACUUGCACCGCCGCGGUCCCCCGAGCUCCGACGACACUCGGAUGUGUCGCCAGCAACACUGAAGGACAUGGAAAAGGCUGCAGCUGCACUGAAAGUAGGCGAUAGGAGUCGCAUCACUGAUGACAAACUGUGGAACAGAGAUACAGGACUCAGACAGAAACGAGGAUCCGCCGGCGCAGUAGUUGGCCAAAGUACAAAUCAAACACAGCCCACAGUAUUUCGGUUCGACACUCGCCGAGAAUCAAAAAUAUCCAUACCUGCCGAUGAUUCUACGGAUGAUCCUGACGACGCAGAAAAUCGUUGGAGGAGAGGAGCACGGGGUGCUGUUCAAAGGGUAAGAAGAAAGUCCAGGGUGCAAAAACAGCAUAGCUAUGAUGAUGACAUAAAGCCUGGCGUCGGGCAACAAGGAGGACAGGGUGUCACUUCGACUUUGACUGCUGAGGGACAAGCUCAACUGCCGAGACGAGCGUCAGCGUACGACGUAUAUCAAAACCGUGUGGACCAGCAGCAAGGUUCGUCGCCGGUAAAUCGGAGGUCCAGUUUCCGGAUACAGCAAGACGACGACGUUAGUGGUGGCGGAGGAGUGCAGCAAAAAGAUCAGUCACAAAGUCUGGGAAUGAACAACGACGAGGAGUGGAGGCCACGUAGACGUGGUUCGCAAUUGCCGGACAUCAGCAACUUACGGUCAUCCGCCGAUUCUAGAGGAAGUCGAAACUCGUUUUCCAACCGGAGUGGCGGAGACGGUCAACAAUUGCAACAACAACAACCGCAACAGCCACAACAGCAGCCGCCACCCGUCAUCCAAGAAGCCGAACAGAACGAAACUGUCCGCAGACAGCCGUCUGUAGCCGGCGAAGAGAUCAAGAUAGUCAUACAUGACGUGGAUUUUGAUCCAAACACUAUGGGUAUUCGUUCAGGUUCCAAACGUAAAGUAAUUUUGAAGCGUGACCUCACAGACAAAGCUCAUCGAACUCGAGGAUUUGGCAUGAGAGUCGUGGGAGGUAAGAUUGGCCCAGACGGACAGAUGUUCGCGUCGAUUGUGUGGACUGUUCCGGGUGGCCCAGCAGAAAAAUCUGGUCUACAGCAAGGCGAUAAGGUCCUUGAGUGGGCUGGUGUGUCGUUGGCCAAUCGCAGUUUUGAAGAGGUGUGCGGUAUCAUCGACCGUUCAGGUGACGUUGUGGAACUAUUGGUGGAACAAGGAUAUGAAUUAAGAAUUUGCGAUCUACUCGACGAGCCUGGGCCAAUGACGUCGAGAAAGAACUCUGGUGAAGCGAUGGGUUUGCAACUAGAUGGUUCAGACUCUCCGGCGUCCCCAACGAGAAGAAAACUACCUAAGACUCCGACGUCUGGUAUGGCUCAACCCAUCCCUGAAGAUUCUAUUCGAGAAAGAAAUAUCAUUGGUGGUAUUCAAAUGCAAGUCUGGUACAGAGACGGAAAAAAUGAAUUGUCUAUAUCUGUCUUGGCAGCUAAUGGCUUGCAGAUGAGAAACGAUGCUGAUUAUGGUUCACUGCCCGAAGCAUAUGUGCAGAUAAAACUUCUUCCGUUCACCGUGGAGACAAAUAUUGUAAGGACCGAAGUCGCAGAACCAUCAUUGAACCCUAUAUGGAAUACCACACUUGAAAUGCCGAAUGUUCGUUCUGAGACAUUAAUCGAAAAGCAAAUGGAAGUCAUACUUUAUGAUUACAGACCAGAUAAAGACGACGUCAUAUUAGGCGAGUUUGUUGUAAAUUUACAAAACGCACUUUUAGACAAUGCGAUGAUAUGGUAUGAGUUGGAGUCACCAAAUCAUAGUAAAGCCUCUAAAUCACCUAGAAGCUCAAUUUCUGAGACUGGAAAAGGAGGAUUACGGAGUCAAAUCCGUUCAGUAUCUGAAGAACGCGAACUCGAUGGAUUCUUACAUCCAGAUCACGCUUAUAUGGCAAAUUCUCGCCGAGGGUCGAGCCAGUCGGAACAGUUGGACGUUGAACCGUAUCAGCUGAACAAGGAUUUCUCUCGGUCGUUGCCAGGGUCUCGUCGUAGUUCAUUCCAGUCAAUACAAAAUACUGACAAAGAUCCUGAGCUAACGACCACUCCUUACACGAACAGAAGUCGGCGCAGGAGUUCAUGCACACCCCGACAAGAUCCGGAUGAGAUCCUUAAAAACUUAAAAGCCGUAAAAGGAGAAUUGCUCGGUCGUAGUAUGAGCAUUUGUGGUGAUAAAAGAGGAAUGCGAAGGGGUAGCCUGUGUAUGCGACCACAUAAAGAGUCUGUUAUGGAAAAACCUGAACCAACGUCCAAAUACGAAGACGAAACAGUUGGUGAUUCCAUUCGACUGGGUCCGGGCCAAAUUAUGCCACGUGGAUACGGCAUAAGUUCAGGUUGUCAUAUUGAACUCAAACUAGGAUUACUAAUGACCAAAGGUCAGCUUGAAGUCGACGUGGUGUGCGCUCGUGGAAUAAGAGCCGAAGAUUCGCCACCAGAUACUUACGUGAAAACGUAUCUCCGAGAAAAUGACCGUUGGUUACAGAAACGUAAGACCCGCGUGGUCCGUCAUAACUGCAAUCCGGAAUACAACCAAACACUUAGGUACUCCGCGUGCGAUGUGUUGGGCAGGUCACUACUAGUGAUGCUUUGGGAACGGCAAAAAGGCUUUGAGCACAACCAAGGUUUGGGCGGGGCCGAAGUCACCCUCGACGCUCUGAAGCUGACACAAGUCACCGAAGGAUGGUAUCCACUUUUCCCUAUACAGAGUUUAGGCUCUGACUCCAAUGACUCUCCGUGACGUUAUGCCAUGAAGUGUCGUUUGUAAUUAAUAUAUAUAUAUAUAUAUAUAUCAACUUAUCUCCAAGUACUGUCAUCUUGGGAAUUAUAAUUACGUAUUAAUUGGUUUCUCUGGAGUUUUUAUUUUUAUUUUAUCAUUAUACUAUUGUGAUCCUGCAAUAUAUACCUAUUAAAUUUCUAAAACGCACACUUAUUAUAAAUAUUACUGAACUCAGCUAUAAAAUAUACAAAAUGUAUCAUUAUCAUAUAAGAAACCAAACCGCAUGAUAAAAUUCAAUUUAAUUUACGUUCAGAAAAAAUGUAUUUUCUUGUAAUUAUUUUCAAUUUUUUUUUAAUCAUCGUAUAGUUUCUAAAAAAUAAAAAUAGUAUAUUAGUAUAACUAACUGAAGAGAAAUCGACGUUACAUUAAAGCAUUAUUCAAACUAUACGUGACAUUUUGAUUUUAAAUAAAUAUUGGUUUUAAAAAUAUAAAUUAUUUGGGCAUUUAAUCAAUUAAUAAGUGUAGUAGUAAUAAUAAUAAUAUUAUUAUAAUAAAAAAAUCGAAAACGAAAUUACCUAAUAUUUCAUUAUAAAUUAUACCCUAUAGAAAAAAUAAGUUUAGAUGUUAAGUCGUUAAGUGAUAUUAUUUAAAAGCCAUAAUCACGAUAACAUGCAUGAUAUUGCUAAUUAUUAUUAUGCCUUUAUUUUUCCUACUACUUAAAUAAAUAUUUAAAUCACAAAUAAUAACUUUUUUUUUAAAAUCAUUUUUACAAUAUAUUAUAAUUUGAAAGUGUAGCGUAUCAUACCCAUUAAAAUAUUGAACUAAUAACAUUUAUAAAACGUAACGUACACAAUAUUAUUACUGUUAAUAGACCGAUAUACUAUGUAAAACACAUAAUUAUUUAUACUUAUAAUUCAAUAUUUUUAAUUAGGUGUUUAAAGUAUAUAAUCAGAUUAAAAUACGGUUUAUUUAAUCAAAAAUUUAUUUUUAAUUAUCUAUAGUAUUUUGAAUUUUAUUUAUUUUUUAAAAAUUAUAAUUUAUUUCAUAAUAUCCAAAUAAAUUAUGUAAAGAAAUGAAUGAUAGACAUUUUAUUUGGAUACGAUAUAAUAAUAACUCAAUCAUUUAUGAGCUAUUUAAACCAUAAUAUAAAUAUGGGACCAUUUGUUAGAAACAAAAUGGUUAGGUUAAAACAUAUUUAAAUAGUUAUACGAGGAUAAUAUGGUUAUAAAUUAUGAUUAUUGAGCAAAAUAACUAGUAUAAUGUUCUAUUUAUUGUUCGUGUUAGUUGUGAUAUGAACGUACUAGUGAAAAGAAACGUAUGUAAGUUAACGGUUAAUAAUAAUGUAAUUAAGUUGAAUAAUAAAUGUAAACAUAGCAAGUGUACAUUUCAGAAAUCUUAAAGUUUAUAUAUUUAUACAUAUUUUUACUUGUGUACUUAAUUUAUUAGAUUAUAUCAUUACUUCGAUUAUUUUUUUUUAUCUAUUGAAAUUGUUAUGUUGUUAUAUAAAUAAUUAUUUACGUACUUUCAAUAAUUAAUUUUUACAUUAUGUUAAUAAACUUUUUACUAAUUGUUUAACUGAACGUAAUGUUGUCUUGAAAAUAAUUGUAAUUGUCUAUUUGAGUUGUUAAAUUAAGUUAACAUUUGCAAUGUUCAAAAUGUUUGUAUUCGAUCCACGCGGGCUUAUGAAAAUAUUUUGCCAACAAAUAUAAAUUAAACUAAGUUAAAUUAGGUAUAUAAUAAUAUUAUAGGGACACGAUGUAAUAAUAUAAGUCGUAUAUUUAUUGACUGUCUAGUAAAACGAUUUUAUUGAGACAAUCUCAUAUACAUACGUAAUUAUUAUGGAUACAAUAUUUAGAGUAAUAUAAUUUAUACAUAAUAUAGUUAUUUUGCAAAUUAUUGCAAUGUAAAUUGAAAACCAUAACAUUAAUAUUGUAUACAUUUCUGGUGUAGAUUUUUAUUGCCUAUGCGUAGUUAAAUGUUUUAUAUAAUUAUACGUAUUUACAACUAAUACAUUUUUCGAUGUAAGAACUCAAUAAUAAUUAAUAUGGUGCUUUGACACAGUGGAAAAAAUAUGUUAUUAAUUUUGUUUUAGUUAAUCUGCUGUGUUUGACCACCAUUAUUUUAGUAGAAUGAUCAAAUAACAAUAAUUAUUACUCAAAUUAUAUAAUUAAUAAUAAUAUUACAUCCAUAUAGAUACCCAUACAAGUAUAGCUCGUGUACGAUUUUAUUUUUAUUGUAUAAAUAUUUUAAGAAAAAAAAUCGUGAUUCCUACCUAUUAACACUGGUCUUAGUUUAAUUUUACCAAACUGAUAAUUUGUAAUUUUUGUUAUGUUUCGAAAGUUACCAUUUGAUUAUAAUUAAGUCACUGUUUUGAAUAUGUUCGUUAUUCAAUAGUGAUACUUUUUAUUAUUAUAAUUUGACUUUUUAAUGUUUAUUGUUUUGAUAUUUUAUUAUAUAGAUUUUUUUAUAUUAUUGUACAAUUAAAUUCAUGACAAUCUUUAUUCGAAACUAUUGAAUCAC